AUGCUCCAGUUCCUGAGGCUCGAUGAGCGGAGACAAAACGCAUCUCCAGCAGGCCCUGCGGAUCCCUCUGAACCAAACCCAACUGCACACGCCUCUCAGCCGCCAGGCAGAGGGAUAGAGGGGGAAACAGAAGAAGCAAACAGCCCGGGAAAAUCUAUUGUCAACAGUGGAGUGAGCCAGGCCAACCGCAACGGCCCACACAAACAACUACAGGGAGAUCAGACCAUGGGGUCCUUGAGGCCUGCCCCCUAUAGGCAGGAAAUGGAACACAUUUUUGAUGGAUAA